CGCCGCCGGGCUGCGGCGUCACUGCGGGCCUGCGCCGGCCCCGCUCCGGCACCGGGAGACGCCGGCAGAGGGAGCGGCACCGCGGCACCGGCCCCGGGCAGCACCGGCCCCGGAAGCGGCUCCGGUCCCGGCGCCGCCGCGCAGCCGCCGCCCCUGUCCCGGGCAGCGCUGAGCGGGGACACCGGGCCCGGCCCCGGGAUGGGGCCCGGCGGCGCCGGGAGCGGCUGGCCCCUGGCCGGGACCCUGCUGGUGGCCGUGGCCGCCUCGAUGGUGGCCGGGGGCGAGGACUGCCUGUGGUACGUGGACAGAAACGGGUCAUGGCACCCUGGCUUCGACUGCGAGUUCUUCACCUUCUGCUGUGGCACGUGCCACCAGCGGUACUGCUGCCGAGACCCUCUGCGCCUGCUCACCGAGCGCCAGCAGCGCCACUGCCUUGCCUUCAGCCCCAAGACCAUCGCGGGCAUCGCCUCAGCCGUGGUGCUUUUCAUCGCCAUCGUCACCACCAUCGUCUGCUGCUUCAUGUGCUCCUGCUGCUACUUGUACCAGCGCCGGCGGCACCCCCCCACCCCCCUGCAAGGCCCGGAAAUCCCCUUGUGCAGCUACCCCCCCGCAGCUCCUCCAGCUCCCUUCCCCAUGGACCCCAAAGCCGGCCCUAUGCCUCCCCAGCCUGGCUUCACCCCCAUGGCCAUGUACCCCUCGCCCAGCCCUGCCGUCCAGUACCCCAUGUACCCCUCCGGCCCCCCUGCCUACAACCCCACAGCACCACCGCCCUACACCCCGGCACAGCCCAGCUACCCCGGAGCAUAGGCCCCCGCCGGGACCCCCGCACCCACUGCCGGCCAGCGGGGCCGGGCUGGGGACCCCCGGGACCCCCCAUGCCGCUGGAGGGGUGCCCCAG